AUGGGUAGCAAGGUCUCCGACGAUCGCCUCUACACCGUCCGAUCCAUAGUCGGUUCGGAAUUCACCGACAUGGACAUCAUAAGAGCUCUUCAUAUGGCCAAAAACGACGUCACUGCCGCCAUCAACAUAAUCUUCGACACCAGCACCCCUAAAUCCCAACCCACUCACGCCAUCAAUAAACGGCGGGUUUCUCCUCCGAAAUCAACUCCACCCUCGGUCACAUCCAGUUGGAAGCGUAAUGUCCAUGCAGAAAACAAGAAAUGUUCCGUCGAGGCUGAUUCCACUGACUGGUGGUUCAUUGGCUCCGGUGAAGUGGCGGGGCUGUCCACGUGUAAAGGGAGGACUAUAAAAUCAGGUGAUGCAGUGAUUUUCAAGUUUCCGUCUAAAAAGGUUUCUGUUUCGCCUUCUCCGGGUAAGGGUUUUGGGCGGGCAGUAGCUUGUUCGGAGAUAGUUCGGUUUUCUAAUGAACAAGAUUGGGAGAUUGGUAGAAUACCAAACGAAUGGGCUCGGUGUUUGUUGCCUCUGGUGCGGGAUAAUAAGGUUAAGGUUGAAGGGAAAUGUGAAUCUGCACCUAAUGUUUUGGGCAUCAUGGAUACUAUCAUUUUGUCAGUCAGUGUAUUCAUCAAUAGGUCAAUGUUUGUUAAGCAACAUCAGGUUUCUCUUAAGGAUGCUGCGAAUUCGACAGAUGAAUCAGUGUUUCAUCCUCUUCCAGCCCUGUUUCGAUUGCUUGGUCUUAGUCCUUUCAAGAAGGCAGAGUUAACUCCUGGUGAUUUCUGUUCCAACAAGCGUCCUUUCAGUCAAACGGUCACAUCACUACAUGCCAAGGCCGAGCGUCCUUUGCAAAAUGGUCAUGAGAAUGAAACUGAGGAUACUGUUCCCGAAUUUGAUCUUGAAAACAUUGUUGGUGUUGCGUCAAGUUCAGAGUUAGAGGAAAUGGACCCCCCUGAAAAUCUUCUUUGUGAUCUGCGACCCUAUCAAAAACAAGCUCUUCAUUGGAUGAUUCAGAUGGAGAAGGGACGGCCAAGGAACGAUACUACAACAACCCUUCAUCCUUGUUGGGAGGCAUAUCGCCUGGCUGACAAGAGGGAGCUUGUUGUUUAUUUGAAUGCAUUUUCUGGUGAAGCCACAACAGAAUUUCCUAGCACCCUUCAAAUGGCCAGAGGAGGAAUUUUGGCAGAUGCCAUGGGACUUGGAAAGACAGUAAUGACCAUAUCCCUUCUCGUUGCCCAUUCAGGAAGGGGUGGAUUAUUAGGCAGUCAACCCAUAACACAGUCAUUUAUUGAAGGUGGCGAAGUUAGUGAUACUGGUACAAUUCCCAAUUUUGCAGACAUUCCAAAGAAGGUAACCAAAUUUACUGGUUUUGAUAAACCAAUGAAGCAAAGUAAUUCUCUAACAAGUGGCGGCAACUUGAUAAUAUGUCCCAUGACUCUUCUUGGGCAGUGGAAGGCAGAGAUUGAAACUCACGUGCGCCCUGGGUCCCUGUCUCUAUAUGUUCAUUAUGGGCAAAGUAGGCCCAAAGAUGCAAAAAGUCUAGCUCAGUGUGACGUUGUAAUUACUACAUACGGAGUUUUGGCUUCUGAUUUUUCCAGUGAGAGUGCAGAGAAUAAUGGUGGACUCUUCUCAAUUCGUUGGUUCAGAGUGGUUCUUGACGAAGCACAUACUAUAAAAUCUUCUAAAAGUCAAGUUUCUAUGGCUGCUUCUGCUCUAGUUGCUGACAAUCGCUGGUGUCUUACUGGGACUCCAAUCCAGAACAACCUUGAAGAUGUUUACAGUCUUCUUCGCUUUUUGAGAAUAGAGCCUUGGGGUCAUUGGGCCUGGUGGAACAAGCUUAUUCAGAAACCAUUUGAGGGUGGCGAUGAGAGAGGAUUGAAAUUAGUUCAGUCCAUUUUGAAGCCUAUCAUGUUGAGGAGAACCAAACAUAGCACAGAUCGAGAGGGCAAGCCUAUACUUGUUCUCCCUCCUGCUGAUAUGCAGAUAAUUUACUGUGAACCCACAGAAGCUGAAAAAGACUUUUAUGAGGCCCUAUUCAAAAGAUCUAAGGUAAAGUUUGAUCAAUUUGUUGAGCAAGGACGUGUUCUUCAUAAUUAUGCUUCAAUUCUAGAGCUACUUUUACGUCUUCGGCAAUGCUGUGACCAUCCAUUUCUUGUAAUGAGUCGAGGUGAUACUCAAGAAUUUGCUGAUCUAAAGAAACUAGCUAAGCGCUUCCUUAAAGGAACUUGUAAUGCUUCAGAAGGUGAAGAAAAAGAUGCACUCUCACGAGCUUAUGUUCAAGAAGUUGUGGAGGAGCUGCGUAAAGGGGAGCAGGGAGAGUGUCCAAUAUGUCUUGAAGCAUUUGAAGAUGCAGUGUUGACACCAUGUGCUCACCGCCUUUGCCGGGAAUGCCUCUUGGCAAGUUGGCGAAAUUCUAUGUCUGGUUUAUGUCCUGUUUGUAGGAAAACGGUGUGCAAGCAGGAUCUUAUCACUGCCCCUACCGAGAGUCGAUUUCAGGUUGAUAUAGAGAAGAACUGGGUAGAGUCAUGCAAGUGGACUGCUUUUCUAGACCUCUUGCAGAUUCCCUUUACUCGGAAUAAAAUAUCAUUUCUUCGUCUUGACGGGACAUUGAAUCUGCAGCAGCGGGAAAAAGUAAUCAAACAAUUCUCAGAAGACAGUGACAUACAGGUGUUGUUGAUGUCGUUAAAAGCAGGUGGAGUGGGUAUAAAUCUAACUGCAGCUUCCAAUGCUUUUGUCAUGGACCCAUGGUGGAAUCCAGCUGUUGAGGAACAAGCUGUUAUGCGUAUUCAUCGCAUUGGACAAACAAAGAAGGUGGCCAUCAAACGGUUUAUUGUGAAGGGGUCAGUUGAGCAGAGAAUGGAGGCAGUGCAAGCACGCAAACAGAGAAUGAUAUCUGGUGCCUUGACGGAUCAGGAAGUUCGAUCUGCACGGAUUGAGGAGUUGAAGAUGCUUUUUACUUAG